AUGGCAACAUUUCGCUUCAUUCACGUCGGCACUGGGUUGCCACUUCAUGUCGAUGGAUUAGGGGACAAGCUUGCAUCCAUCCGAUAUGGAGACUGUCGCGAUGACUUUUCACUGUUUUCGGUCGAACCGGCGGGAGAGAAGACAGUCUACAUCCAGGACACAGCGACUGGGAUGCCCUUGCACAUCAAUGGUUUGGGUGACCGGCUCGCAUCGGUGCGCUGUGGAGAUUGCAGAGAUGACUAUUCCAAGUUCUGCUUGGAAGCCGCGCCUGCAUUUCCGGACAUUGUGAUUCGAAAUGUUGCCACGGCUUCGCUGCUUCACGUCGAUGCUAAUCGCGACAGACUGGCAUCAGCACGUUAUCCUGAGAAGUGUCGCGAUGAGAACACGUCCUUCCACGUCGAAGUCAGCUUCGCUGUGCAGCCCUGUCUCCUUGUGCACGGUUCCACUCUGCAGCACCUGCGUGUGGAUGGUUUGGGGGAUCGGUUGGUAAAAGGCCUGAGGGGCGAUGGGGAUGACUACUCCCAGUAUCGCCUGGAGUCAGACCAAGCGGGUGGGUUCUUUCUGGUAAACCAGGGAUCUGGUCAUCCUUUACAUGUGGAUGGGCUAGGUGAUCAGCUCCUCUCGGUGCGCUACGGAGAUUGUAGAGACGACUUUGCCAGGUUUGCGAUUUGGGGGAGCUCUGAUGUGAUCGGGAGCUUUCACCUGAUCUGCACUGCCACCGGCCGCUCCUUUGAUCUCCAGGAGGACGGCCACUUCGCCAGCGCGAAACGGGAGUCCGACGUCGCUUCUACCUUCUUCUUGCCCCUGCUUCGUGCAUCCUCCGGCUCUGCCCAGCGGCCGAACCCCAAAGGAGCUCAGAUCCCAGCAGGAUAUGAGACUAGGUACCGAUUUGGAACGAGUUUUUGGAAAACUUCCUCUUUGGCUUACUUUAAGUAA